AUGUUUCAAAGACCGUUUACGGUAAGGAGUGAUACGAGCAUCCGGAAUUCAGACAAAAAGAAACUGUUGGCUCGUCUACCUCCCAUUAAUGGUAUCAGCAGUAAAACGAUGGUAUCUUUGAUGCAUGUGAAAUGCUAUAAAGGCGAAGAUGCGGAUGUUUACACUUUCGAAAAGGAACCCUUAUUGUUUACUGUAAUGGGAGAAGAAGUACUUUAUCCUACAGUUUACUUGACAUGGAAAAUACCCGAUGCUUUUCCUGUACUUGUUAUAAAUGAGUUUGUAUAUCAAAAGUUGUUGCAAGGUGCUGAUUUAUUCCUUCAAGGUGUAAUUCGUCCGUUACGGCAAACUUUGGAGUUUGGUAGCCACGCAGCAGUAGCGAUUUCUGUGUUAACAUCAUCAAAACAGCUUCGAGGUCCUGUAGCUGUAGGGUAUUCAUUAAUGUCAUCGAUGCAAAUGAUCGCAAAUGGCAUGCAAGGGCCGGGUGUUCGUUUAUUGCACUUUUACGGUGACUUGCUUUGGGGUGUGGGAACUCAUGAAAAACCCUUGGAGAUCUCAGCUGAAAGGAUGAAUUUAGCAGACACAUUACCUGGAAGCUAUGAAACUGAAUUUCCAAGUUUGGGUUCCCUAGUUUUGGAUGAAAAACCCAGCGAAGUGCAUGUUGAAGGCUCUUCAUUUGAUACUGCUUUGGAUGAUAAGUCAAAAAAUAAUGGCUUAAUUAAUGCCUCGGAAGAACAAGCUGAAGAAGAACUUAAGAAUUUCGAUACGGCGGAAACUUUGCUGGAACGUUGUUUCUUGGCUGCACUGAAGUAUCGUGUAACCAAAAAAGGGCAGCUGCCAUUGGAUGUUGGUGAAUUUUAUUCACACUUCCUCCUUCCAUGUUUACCAUCGGGUCGGCGGAUUGAUAUGAAAAAAACGGUUUAUAAGAAAUUCAGUGUUUUUCUGGAGCAUAUUAACAAAAGCGGAAGUGAACCCAUUGUAAAGCUUAUAAUAAAUAAAAAUAAAGGAUCUGGAAUGAUUACAGAGAUAAAUUGGAUGCAUCCAUUCUUGAAGGAUUUUGAGAUAACUGAUGAAAAAAUUGAUGAUAUAAAAACUGAAAAGAUGCUAAUCAAAGUGGACGACUACCUUGCAGUUACCGAACCAGUUUCGGCAAUUUUUCGGAAUAAAUGUGGGAAAAGUGAUUUGAUGGAGAAGGUACAAGUAAGACAGAUAAUCACUUCAUACGUUAAAAAUAUGAAUCCAACCAUAGAGGGAAAACUAGUCAUACCUAAUGACAGUGUAUUGGUGUCACUGUUGGGAUCUCGGGAGUCAGUGGACUGGAAUACACUGUUCCAGAAAAUUAUAUCAAAAAUGACAAAAACAUAUGUAAUUACGUGGGCUGAUGGACGGCAACUGGUACGGAAGACAACGCUACCAAAAAUUACAUUUAAGAUUGAAAAUCGCGCUGGUAAUAAGAAAGUAACGUUAGUGAAUAAUCUAAGCAUUUAUGGAAUCGACCCUAAAAAACUUUGUCGUGAAAUACAAACUGGUGUGGCAACAAGUGCUGUCGUUGUGAAUAAUGCUGCAGAAUGCGAGGGCUUUCAAAUAUUAGUGCAGGGAAACCAGAUUCUCUUUAUCAGCAACCUUCUUACCAAAUAUGGUAUUGAGAAGAAGUAUAUGACAGGUCUCGAACUCAUUCCAAAGAAGUGA